AUGACCAGGCCUCCCCACGUCCACUGGGCUGUUGGCGGUGCUCAAGCGAGUGCCCGUCUUCUUCCUCCUUGCCCCUUCUCUGGCGGCGCCCCUCUGGCGAACGGGACCCGCUGUUGUCCCUCCUCCCUCCCUGCCUGGUCCGCUCCUGCCCGCGCCGCGCGGCUCAUCCUCCCACCGAUUCCUGCGUGCCUGCUGCCGCUCCAGCGGCUGCCCGCCGUCGCCACUCCAAUCUCCCCGCUCUCCCCAUCGGUCAUGCGCCCUGGAAUCCCCUCCACGUCCGUCUCCACGCUGCUGCUCUCUUUCUGGCGCGUGGAUCCGCUCCGCCCUUCCCGCGCCCCGCUGCCUUUGUCUCCGCGUCUCGCGCUCCCUCUCAUCUUGGGCUAUCCGCUCCUGCUGAAGCGCGUCCUUGGCGCGCUGCUCUUCCCCACUGCUGGCCUCGCGGCCGUGCUAUCCCUCCGCCUGGCUCGCGCCAAUGUUCUCGUCCGCCUGUGCGUGUUCGGCGUGUUCCGCGUCAUCGCCGUGCUCGUCGAAUUCCGCGGCCCGGUCUUCGUCGUCAUCUCCCUCCUUGGCGCUUUCGUCCUGCAGCCCCUGGCCCUCCUCGUCCGCUUCUGCGUCUAG